GCUGCUCGAAGAGAACUAGAAAGGCAGCGACAGAUGGAGUGGGAAAAACAGAGAAAAGAGCAGUUAUUAGUGGAGAAGGAGAGAGAGGCCGAGCAGAUUAGAAUGAUAAAAUCACAAAUGACCAACCUCAGAAAUGAACUAGAAACUCUGGAGGCUAGAAAGGCAGAGCUGGCCCUGAAGGUCUCCCAUGCCAGGAAAGGAGUCACCGACUUCACUGCCAGCAUUGACGCGAUGAGAAUGACGCGGGACAAGACCUUGGCUGAUAUUGAUGCAUUUGAGAGGCAGACUAGGGUACUGAGUGGAAGAGUUUCAGCGUUGGAGAAUGAAAAGAAUGAGCUAAGUAAUCAGACACAAACGGCACAAACAACACCAUUAUCUGAUGCUCACCGUGCCAUUGCUAACAGUGUUGAGUUAAAGAAAGCUUCAAUCCAGAAGUUAAAGAAAGAACUGGAAAGGAUUGAAACUGAUACUGAAGUUAAACUUCGUGAAAUCGAUGGCAGUAAUACAGAGCUAAAGAAUCUGAAAGAACAGCUGACUAAACUAGAGAGAGACCUGCCGCAUUUACACAAGCAACAAGAAGAGACAAUACAACCCCAGAGAAAAGCUACCGAAGUCAAUCAGCAGAGUCGGAAGAAAGAAUUUGCAAGUGCUCCACCACCAGUCCCUUCAUCUAAUUCAGCCAGCAAUGGUCAGCCAAACUGGUUUGAUUUCAACAAUUCCGAUGCAUUUAACUCCAGCACAGGUGGAGUAACGAACUCGACUGUUAGCUGGGACACUGCAUUUUCUGAAACUUCUGCUGCCGCUGUUACCAACAACGGUACUUUUGCUGCUUGGGGAGCAGGGGGAACAACCACCGGAGGAGCUCAGAACAAGCAAAAGUAUCGAGCCUUGUAUGAUUUUCCAGCGGGUAGAGAAGACGAAUUAACUCUGGUUGCUGGCAUGGAGGUCUGGGUACUGACAGAUUUUACUCCCAUACCUGGGAUGGAGGACUGGUAUAAAGGGGAGCAUGAUGGGAAACUGGGCUGGUUUCCUAAAAGCUACGUGGAGCGACUAGAUGAGCCCUCCACAGAUUUGUUUGGGGGGGCUUUUGAAUCCUUAGCACAGUCUUCUAAUGUACAGACAUCUGAAACAGCUAGGACGGAUAUUUUUACUACUCCACUUAGCCAGCCAAGUACAGUAUCAAGUGCUCCCACAGCCAGUUCUACAGAAGCAUCUGUGCCUAGUGAUAUACCUCCUGAAGGAUUACUAGCUAAAGCCAUUUACCCCUGGAAGGCGAGACAGGAAACUGACUUGACCUUUGAUAAAGAUGACAUCAUUCUAGUCAAAGAACAAGAUGAUAUGAAAUGGUUUGGAGAACUGAAUGGGAAG